GUUGGCCUCAACUAGGUGGCCUCAUUAAAUUAAUUUAGAUAGCUUUUUGAUCUAUCCAUCCAUCCAUUAUCUAUACCCACUUAUCCUGAGCAACGUCCAGCAUGCCGCCCCUUUUUGAUCUAAGUAGAUUUAAUUUCUUCUAUGACAUAUUUUAAGAAUUUUUAAGAAGUGUGCGUGCAUGUGCAUGUGUGUGCAUAUGUGUGUGUGUGUGUGUGUGUGUGUGUAUAUGUGUGCAUGCUUGUGUGUGUUUUCUGGUAAAAAAUAAAAAACAACUUUCUGCCACUUUCAGAAUUAGUCACUGUCGCUUUGUAUCGACAGCAUCCACUCUCAGAAAAACGGCACGACAAAGUGCCUUAAAAGGUGCACAUUUGUCACUGGAGUGGAACCCUUCUGGUACAUAAAACUGUGACCCUAACCAGCAACAUAAAUUGAUUUGCAGCUUUUUGUACCCAAAGAGAACAUUAUUCUACUUUCAGGAUACACUUGGGAAAUUUGAACAAACGACAAAAAUCAUACCGCCACAAUACGUUUAUUUCUGAGAGUGAAGUACAUGCAUGUCAUCUUGAAAAGUCUGGUAUCCUUAUGCCAUCCUGCAGCUUACAAUAUCAAUACGUCAGGUCAGUCGAACGUAGAGCUUUACUUGGACACCUUUAUAAACUUACGUUAUGAGUAUAAUUAGGUAUUUUUAUGACGCAUAGUAUAGUCGUUUAUGACCAUGUUAAACCCAAAGAUAAUCGUUUCACUUGUUAAACAAGAUGAACUGCGCGCAAUUGUCAAAAUAUGGACAACGGCGUCAAGCCGUAGAGACCGCGAGCGCCUAUAUAAGGCUGCGUGGCAUGGCGCGUGAGAAACAUAAGAGCCGCUGAGUUUCGUUCAGCUCUGAGAUUAAUGUAAUAUAGACGUCAGUGCAGAAGUGGGAGGAAAGGGAGCGGAGUUCUUUGGAAAUAAACGUCUCUAAUGUAGUCGAACCUGGAACAGAAACUCAUGCUUGGCAGCUGUCUCAGUUGAGAUGUUGGACACGAACAGUACUGGACGAUGGAGAGUCAAUGGCGUCUACCUGCGCAAAGAAGGAAUAAACUUUCGGGAAACGAAUGCAGCUCCUAAGUUCAAGAAAUUAUUGGUUACAGAAUGAAGCACGGGGAAGGGUUCCGCUGCAUCUUGCUAUCCAGGCGCAGCUAUGAGUAUUUAUGCGAUUUUACGGGAAACACCAAACGGGAGCAAAUGAAGACGGAACAUAAAUCGCCGAAAAACAAUAUGGAACCAGCAUUGCUCUUCAGAGGAUUUAAUUACUUAAAGUUUGUGAAACGCAAUAUCCAAUAUUGUAAAAAAUAGGAAGAUUGGUAGAUUAUGGAGCAAAAACCAAACGGUAGUCUGGAAUGAAAAACUAGCCUAUCAGAGGCUCGCUUAAUCUUUCAUCCGCGUGUAAAACGAGUCCAAACGCAACGCAUUAUUGCUGCGCUUUCUGUGUUCCUGUCCGUAAGUGUAAAGCCACUGUUGGGAAAUGAAUGGCAGAAAACACAACUGGUAAUGACAGAUAUGUAUUUAGCUGCAUGUUCUUAUUGUUGUACGCAAGUAACAAAAAACAAUUUAGCAAUUAACAUAUACACCUGAACAUACCACGGCUACCGUCAAAUAACGAGGUGCAUAUCAAGUAUAAAUACACAAGAACUAUACUAGUCGCUAAGUUUUUAGUGAGAUGUAAAACUGACGUCAAAUCCAGCCACUUGUUAUUCAUUAUUUUUAAUAAAUGCUGCAGGGAACACGUAACGAAUUUGACUUAGCCACGCUGUUGCUCUAUUAUCCUGUAUGCAAUUUUUGUUUUAUGUGUUUUCAGAAGAUGGGCUUAUUAAAAAGACAGUAAGGAUUUUAUUACUGAUUGCCGACCCAGAGAUUAAAUAUACCAUGUUCGCUUACUGUCGCGUGUUUGUCCUGGAGGAGCAUCGCUAAAGAAAGGAGAUCGCACAGACGCUUCAAAGGUCAUUAACAGGAACAAAUCAGAUAAACGCAGCUUCUAAUUUGAUCGAUACACUAUUUCGAUAAAGUUACUGUUGCAUGAAUGUUUGUAAAGUUGUGUGACACGUCAGUCCGUUGAAUAACAACCACGUGAACCGGGAGAGCAGGAAUAAAAACAUAAGAAAAAAUCCGAGUUAAUAUAUGGAAUUCAUUGUGGAAGUGCAGUGAAAAUAAUUUUAUUGUGAAAGAAAUGACUGAGUGUCACCCUGUUAAGUUUACUUUGAAAUAUCUAUCCAGCUGUUGUGAGUUAAUUGUUAUAACACUAUGGAAGGAAGGCAACAGAAACUCUACACCAGCCUGUCUUCAGUCCUGGUACUUCAGUGCAUCUCCAGUCACUUGUGAUUAUGAGCUGAGUUAUGCUUCCAGGAGCUGAAACAAUGGAUUUGAACUUCUCAACCGUCCUUGACAGUGGCUUAUCAGAGACAGACUCGUCUGUGCGUGUGCUAACUGGCUGUUUCCUGUCUUCGCUCAUCGUGUCCACUCUUCUCGGGAACACAUUAGUAUGUGCCGCUGUUACCAAGUUCCGCCACCUUCGCUCCAAAGUAACUAACUUCUUUGUAAUCUCACUGGCAGUGUCAGACCUGCUGGUGGCCAUUUUGGUAAUGCCAUGGAAGGCUGUGACCGAAGUUGCUGGCUUCUGGCCAUUUGGCUCCUUCUGUAACAUAUGGGUGGCAUUUGACAUAAUGUGCUCUACGGCAUCAAUCUUGAACCUGUGCAUCAUUAGUGUAGACAGGUACUGGGCCAUAUCCAGCCCGUUCCGCUACGAGAGGAAGAUGACGCCCAAAGUUGCAUUUGUGAUGAUCAGUGUGGCAUGGACUCUCUCGCUCCUCAUCUCUUUCAUCCCUGUACAGCUGAAUUGGCACAAGGCGCAGACUACCAGCUACUUUGACCACAAUGGCUCCUAUGGGGAUCUUCUGCUGGACAACUGUGACUCCAGUCUCAACAGGACUUACGCAAUCUCAUCUUCUCUAAUUAGCUUCUACAUUCCUGUGGCCAUUAUGAUCGUCACAUACACUCGGAUUUACAGAAUAGCCCAGAAACAGAUCAGACGCAUUUCUGCCCUGGAGAGAGCUGCAGAGAGUGCCAAGAACCGGCACAAUAGCAUGGGGAACAGCUCAAGCGUGGAAACGGAGAGCUCCUUCAAAAUGUCCUUCAAAAGAGAAACUAAAGUCUUAAAGACCCUGUCUGUGAUAAUGGGUGUGUUUGUGUGUUGCUGGCUGCCCUUCUUCAUCCUGAAUUGUAUGGUCCCCUUUUGUGAGCAGGCACACCCCAACGGUAGUGCCGACUUCCCCUGUGUCAGCUCCACCACCUUCAACGUGUUUGUCUGGUUUGGCUGGGCUAACUCUUCGCUUAACCCCAUCAUAUAUGCCUUCAAUGCUGACUUUCGUAAAGCCUUUUCCAUUCUUUUGGGCUGUCACAGACUGUGUCCAGGAAGCAAUGCCAUUGAGAUAGUCAGCAUCAACAACAAUGGAGCACCACCACAACUGGUCCACAAUCAGCCCAAAGCAUGCUUCUCAAAAGGGUGCAUCCCUAAAGAGGGCAACCUCAGGCACGGAAUCCCUCACACCAUCCUCAGCCAGGAUGAGGAGCUGCAGAAGAAGGGGAAUGCUAUUGAGAAAAUUUCUCCUGCUCUGUCAGGCAGCCUGGACAGUGAAGCUGACCUGUCUUUGGACAAGAUAAACCCCACAACACAAAAUGGGCAGAACAGCACAUAAGACUUGCAGUGGAAUCCUUCCAGUGCACAUUUACAUUAGAUUUUUAAACAUUUACGUAGAUGAAGGUAAUUAAUUCAUAUGACUUGAAAAUUAUCCCAGCAUGAGUGGAGAACUGGCAAACUGAACUUCACGAAGGACAAUAAAUUCUGUGUUUGUCUUAAAUCUGAAAUACACAGAAUGUUCACAAUGACGGCACUUUAUCCUGAAAUGAUCUGCAAAACAUUAUUUAUGCGUUAAAAGAGAAAUAAAGGAAUAAAAUAGUUCAAAGUAACUCAAAUAAAAUAACCAAUGUGCAUGUGUAGAGGAGUAUCACAAAAAUAUGAAGAACUCUUUUUAAAAAAAAGUGUUACCUGAAAGUGAAUGCAUGUAUCUAUUCAUCUAGAUAAGUUAGUAGGGCUUAAUUGAUCAUUUACAGUUCAUUUUACACACUUUUGAUGAGUAUUACUGUGGGAUAAAUGGUUGAAUAUUUUGCAGUGAAUUACAGUAUAUUUGACUUAUUUUUGUAUUUCUACAUUUAUUAAAAUAAUUUGAGAGAAAUUCUUAGUUUUGCUUAUAAUAAUCAAUCUUGGUCUUAUGAGAAUUCAUUCAUUCAUGUAACCUUUAUUUAGGUCUCGGAAGACAUUGAAGUUGUUUGCUCCCAUUUGCAAUGGGACAGAGAUUGCAACAACAUAAAACAAAAAUUAAAUUAAAAAAUAAUAAAAUUAAAGUUCAAUCAAACCGCAAAUACAGUCAGUGAUUACAUUUGUAUCUUUGAAAAGUAAAAAACGAGCAAUUUGGCCUUAUUCAUUAAAAUGUGGUCUUUUUUAUUAAAAGCAGUAAAUUCCUCUUCUGUUUAUGAGUGCAGAGUAGAACACUUACUGUAACUGUGGUACUAGCUUGAAAUAAAUUAAAAUUCAAUAUGGAUACCAAUGAAAUACAUAUGUAUUACCGCUUCUCUAGUCUAAUAAGAACUAUAAAUAUAUAUGUAUCACUUUUUGUUAAUUUUUCAAUCUCUUUGUCUCAGUGUGUACAACUCUACCUGAGUAGGUUCAUUUGGUAUAGAUCUUAUCAGUAUGCCUUUGUUUCUUUUGUGUUUAGCUUUAAAAUGUUUGUAAAGCAUUUGUGAGGACCAGUUAAUUUCCAAAUGAAGACAAAGAGCAAAAUGUUUGUGUUUCAGAUAUGAUAAAAUAUGUGCGCAGCAGACUUCCUGUAUUAGAUGAGGUUCGAGCGAGGGAGGUCCCAUGAGACCAGUGUGCUUUUUUAGGAUCAGGUGCAGCAUGAGGAGUGAACUGCCUAACACCUGGUCCCUUAUCUUGGGCCCUCCAAUGCCUGUCAUACCCCCGUUCCCCAUGGUUCUGCGUUGGUUGGUCAUUGUGAUAUUCCCUCUCUACAUCAAAGGUAUGAGCUGUGCUACAUCUUUCUCCAUGCUAUUCUUCAAUAGGGGAAACAUCUAGUGCUGCAGAAAACUGGUAGCUGUGCUGAAAAGGAAUUGCAUUCUUUUGUUCAAGAACCAUUCAUCUACAAUACAUUUGGAAGUAAAUAACCUUUCGUUUAUGGUUAAAUUUAGAUGUAAAUUGUUUCAGCACCUAAAUGGGGUUAUACUACUACUUUUGGCUAUACAUCCCAGCAUCCUGUUGGCCUUUUUUUUACUGCUACAGCUCAGUGCCUAUAACCUGAAAGGCUUUGGUUGAUCAUUACUCCCAGGUCUUUUUCAAAUUGUGCACUUUUCCAAUUUUGUCCCUGCCGUUGUUUUUAGUUUUUUUUCCCCACAUGUCCAACAUUUAGAUAUAUUGAAUUUCAUUUGCAAGGUUUAUGCCCGCUUCUAGAUUUUGUUUAAAUCUACUUGGAUUACUUUACUACUUUACAAACACCUGUAGAGGGAGUCACAAGCUGAAAGAGGCUUGAAAUACUAGAUAAGCACAUAGCUGCUAAUUUUACUGUUCUGUUUGCUGGGGCACAGCAAUGAUCUCUGGGAUGACACCCCACAGUUGGCUGCCCUGUACAGACACACAUGGUUUUCUGUCCCAUACAGACGCACAGUUAGCUGUCCUGUAUAGAUGCGCACAGUUAGCUGUCCUGUAUAGAUGCGCACAGUUAGCUGUCCCGUAUAGAUGCGCACAGUUAGCUGUCCCGUAUAGAUGCGCACAGUAGCCAAAGCCAGUGACAAAUGUUUAACCUGGGGGUUAACCAACAACAAACUUCUGUCUAUAUAUCAAAAUGUAACUUUAGCGACACACAUUAGGAAAAAAUAUUUUAAAUGCAUAGAUGUCUACAGAUGAAUGUGUAAGAACAGCGGGAUUAUUUUUUGUAUUUCUUCUGGUGGGAACAAUAGUGAAAGGACAUGUAGCUUAUCUAAUAAAGUGUCCUUACUGGUUUGCAACUCAUCACAACACCCUCUUCUAUGCUUCUGUGUAAUACAAGAGGAAAUUCAUUAUUGAGACUAGAAUGGGCUAGAAUGUCAAAGUGGGGAAAAAAGGAGUGGUGUAGCUUGCCAAAGUACUGAAUACUGAAUUAUAGCUACAAGGCAUACUAAAUUCAAUGUGUUUCCUUGGAAGUGACCAAAGCCUUUAGAGUUAGUGCCUCUUUUAGAAGAGUUCUGGUCCGUAUGGAUCCAUUUUCAGACAAUUCUAUUGCAACAGUUGUACUUUUUAAAGUGCUGCAGCGUGGAUUGAGUUCCAUAUUAGUUUCACUUUACAUUUGCAUACCUUCCUUCUCUUGGGUAAAUCAAUACUAAGAAUAGUGUGAGGGAUCAGAGGAAGCAAGUGUCUGCCAUAUACUCCUGAAGUCGGUAGGAAAGGAUCCAGCAAUCAGGAGAUAAACGACUUCAGUUGACUGGUUGGGAAAAAUGGGAUGAAAUUGGAGAUGCUGCUGUAAUUACUCUUCAGAAUCCACUUUCAGGCCUGGGUAACUGCUCUGGAUCUUUAAUGAGAGGGUCACCAACCUAAUUACAGAGACAAACAUCUCAUGUUGUUAAACUUCACUUGUGCACGUAACCAAACAGCUUGGAUGAAAGACCGAGCACGUGUCACCUGAGAGAAGUGAAGGUUUUGCAUCCUUGCAGAAAUACGUAUUUGACCCAGGUCUACAUCCUUGCAUAAUUGAUCUCAUAAACACCAGCUUUUUGAAAGAGCGUUGCCAUAUUCACUAAUGAGAAUAUGACCUCAUUGUUGGUCAUGAGCUAUUGCCUUACGUGUUGGGAGAGAACUAUGCAGGUUAAGGCUGUUACGUACAGUAAAAUAGCAGAGACAUUUAACUUAAACAUACGUUGAAUGACAGAUUGAAUUGUAAUGACGAUGCUUUUUCAGAGCACACAAGGUCUGUCUGCAAUGAAUGUAACUGACAGUAAUGACAGCACAGGCUGCACACAUCACACAUUCCAGUGUCAAGUAUAUAUUCAUUUCUGUCUCAAUAUCCCUAAAAUGUGUCCCAUGUCUUAUUAUGGCAUUUCUAAUUGUGUACCUGCUACAAUUAUAAUAUAGGCUAUUUGCUGCAUGUUGCUUGUCAUAUAUUAAACUCAAUCUGAUGUAUUUUAA